ACUCUCCAGCUGAAAAGUCCGGAGGCCGUCCCUUUCCAGCCACCCCGCCCCUCUGUGGGAGCCCGGCUGGGUGGGUGGGGCUUUCUCCGAGGGAGCGGCUCCAGCCGCGGAAGUGCGGGGGCGGCCAACGGUGCUUUUUGCCUUGCCUUGGUUUGUUGUGGUUCGGGGUGAGGAAAAUGGGGCCGGCGGAGCUCCUGGUCGCCCUGGCGGUCUUGCCGUGGGCCUUCCGCGGCGGGUCUGGCGCGCUGGCACUGCCGGAGAAAGUGCCUUCACCAACCAAUAUUGUCAUAGAUUCAUAUAAUUUGAACACCUCUGUUCAGUGGGAUUACAAGAGUGUGUCUUCAAAGACACUCUUUACUGUGAGCAUCCGGUGCUAUGAUAGGGCUGGUGACGUGGAAGUUGAUAACUGUGUAAACAUAACACAACACUAUUGUGACAUCACCCACGAGGUUGAUGAGUCGUGUGAUACAUUCUGGGUGAAGGUUAAAGCUCUUAAUGGACUGCAUGAAUCUGACUAUACAUGUUCAGACCGAUAUCAUGUGUUCGAGAAUGGCCGAAUAGCACCACCAAAAUUUAAUAUCUACAUUGAGAAUCAUCUAAUAAUAGUUGAGACUGAAGUUCCUCUCACUCCAUAUGGCAAGAAGAUCCCACUUACUUUAAGGGCAAACAUCACAGACUUCACCUCCAGAGUGUUCCUUUGGGAAAAAGGACAGCCGAAAAAGCGUCAAGAAUUUGAGGCAGAGGACACAUCAUGUAGUGACACAUCAUGUACCAUAUCUAUUCAAGUUCCUUCUUCGGAAAGCUUGUAUUGUGUUUCAGUUCAAGGAUUUUCAGAAGAGUUUGCCAUUCAGAGUGAAGAAUCUGAAGAGAGGUGUAUUGACAUUCCUCCUAAACACUCAUCAGAUUUAACAGUGCCUAUAACUCUAGGUGUUACUGGAUUUCUUCUUUUGGCGGGAAUUCUUGCAGGAAUCAACAAAUGUUUCAGUAAAAAACAGAGAACAAUUAAACUUCCUAAGUCUCUGGCUGCUGUGGUAAGAAACAUGAACCCAGUCAACUUUGACCCCAGACCAGAAGGCAGACAUGCUGUUCUUGUAACUGAACCAGACAUUAAGCCAGAGUCGGAUCCCUCAGGAGAGACCACUGGCCUCAGUGACUCUGACCAAGAAGCAGAUACACUUCACUCUCAGAGAACUUCAAGUCUCCAUGAAGGCAUUAUUGUGGAAAUCUCUGAAGGUGAACAAAGCGCCGAAGAGAAUGAAAAUUAUUUUAGAGACGUCAGUGGCCAAGAAGAGAUGUGUAGCAGUGUUCCAAAUCUGGAUCUUCCCAAUGCAGAUGUGGAACAACCCACACUCCCAGAUAGCUGCAGAAACAUUUCUGGUUAUGACAGGCGUUGGCUUCCUCCUGGUGUGGAAGAAUGGCUGAAAACACAGAGUUCCAGUGACACACCAGAAGCCUAAGAGGUCCGUUUCUCAAUCUGAGAACAUUGUAAAAGAGAGAGAAGCAAUUACUUUUGACUGUCACAAAUAUCCAUUGUAAAGGUUUAUAAGCACUUAGCCAUAUCUGAAGUAUUCUGCUAUGAAUUUGAAGAAUUGUAGAGUUGGAAGGAAGCCUGAGGGUCAACUGGUCCAACGCCCUGCAAUGCAAGAAUCAUAAUCUUUUGCUACCCCCACUGUGGGAAGCAGUAUGCUUUUUUGAAUACUGGCUGCAGGAAACCUCAGGAUGUGAAAUACUGCUGUGUUUCAGGCCCUUGUUGUGUGCUUCCUGUAGGCAUCUGCUUGGCCAACUAACUGUGAGAACAGCAUUCAGACCUAGAUGGAUCACUUGCUGCAAUUUUUUACUUCUCAUAAUAUAUGUCUUUAUGAUGUGAAAUUUGAAACUAUGAUUUCCCAAUCCUACAAAAGGUAUGUUGCAAGCUAACACUCACAUAUUUAAGAGUAAGCCACAUUGAAUCUCUUACUUCAAAGAAGACCUGACAGUUUUAUUAUAACCAAAGACUUAGUUUAAUUGUACAGCUACAUGCACACUUCUAGAGAAGGGCUUCAAAUAAUUUUUCUAAUAAUAGCUAUAUAGGUACAGUUAAAUAAGUUUCCAUAAAUAUCCUCAAGCAUUAAUUUGUAGCCGCCGCACCAACGUGCUUGGGCCUUGGUCUGUGGUCAACUGAUUUUAAUGCCCCUCUAUCUGGAUACCUUUCCCUAACUGUGCAGAGAAGAUCUUUUCCGGUCUAGUGUAGUUCGCUCUUCCUUUUCUUUGGACUGAGAGUUGGAACUGAUAAAAACUCUCAUCUCCACAUAGAUGGGUGCAAAUACAGGUCGCGUCCCUUGCGACUGCAAAGCCUGUGAGCUACAGCCAUGUAUAAAAUGAAGUGUGUGUGAAUUGAUAGAAAUUACACCACCACCCCUUGUUUGUUCUCAGAUACCAUGUUCACUUCUGAAAGGCAUUAUUAUGAGCAAUAGGUUCACAUUAAUGCAUCUCCCCAAAUUGCAUUUUCAUUUCACCCACUGGCAGGGCAGCGUUUAAAAAUCUGAUACUCAUAACAAGACACAGCUCACUUGGAAGUGGGGGGGGGGGGAGCCUAAUAGAAUGACAGUAACACACCAGAUGCUCCAGCCUCAUAAAUUAGGAAAAGAUUAUGCAUAGCCAGCUGUACCAUAUAAAUGCCCAGUUUUUUAUACUGCACCAUGACUCUUGGUGUUUAUCAUAUGGUCUAGCAUCUGGUCAGCCCUGUCCACUUCCUAUAUAUCUGCUCUGCUUUAGGGGUUAUUUAUAUUCAGGGCUUUCUCUCCCGUUUGUAUUGUUCCUUAGUCUAGUCUACCUAUAGUAAGACACAAAUGUGGGCUGAUAAGGGGGGGGGGGAGGGGGCCACACACCACACAAAGUCAAACAGGGACUAGACAGCAAAAAAGGGGAAGCAAUGCACUAACUGGCGUCACAUGGGGAACUGAAUAGACGGAAGUCAGAGGAUUUCUGUAUAGUUUCCCUUUUUACUGCAGAUUCAUUGCGUAUGUGCAAUGCAGUGUAUGCUUACCCACUGCAGGAAGAGCUGCUUGACCUUCCUAAACUAAUGAACUGUUCAGCAAAAUCUUCAUUUCUACCUGAGAUUAUCAAGGCGUUUUGGGGCCAUCUAAAUACUGUUCUGGGUUUUUAAACAACCUACAGAUAGGCUGACUCUGCAGAGCCCAAGGCUGAAGCAUUCACCCAUUCUGCCAGUAGUAUGGUGGUGGAGAUGUAACCACAGAUUGGGAGGUAUCUACAUGUGGGGGGGCGGAGUGACCAGAAGGGCCACAGUAACUCUCUCCUGAGAGGUAGGCAUUCCGCCACCUACCCACACAAUAAAGCUAUGAUACAGGAAGUGCACUGUUUACUCUGAAUUGACUCCAUUAGCCCUCAGUGAUGUCACAGUGCCAAAUUAUUGGGUUACUGAGUGUUGGGGAUGCCAUCGCAUCUACAUUGUGUUGCCUGAGAUCACACUGUGAGGAAGAAGCGGUUCCAGUGGACAAAGGAAAAUAUAUGCCAAAGCAACUACUGCCCGUUCAGCAACAAAAAAGUUCAUCCUAGUUUCUUUACAAGUGGGUGAUUAAUAUGGUGCCAGUUAAACUUCAUGUUUGCAGCUUUUAUUUUAUUUCUGGUUAGUUCUCUGUUUAUAUCUGAAAGCCAUAUCUGUGGUUAGCCUAGGGUUUAGCACUGAUCUGUAAUGUGUGAGAGCCAGUGUGGUGUAGUGGUUAAGAGCGGUGGACUCAAAAUCUGGUGAAUCGGGUUUGCGUCUCCGCUCCUCCACAUGCAGCUGCUGGGUGACCUUGGGCCAGUCACACUUCUCUGAAGUCUUUUAGCCUCACUCGCCUCACAGAGUGUUUGUUGUGGGGGAGGAAGGGAAAGGAGAAUGUUAGCUGCUUUGAGACUCAUUAGGGUAGUGAUAAAGCAGGAUAUCAAAUCCAAACUCCUCCUCUUCUUCUUUAUCCCCCACCUCUCUGUCCUGUGACCAACAUUAGCCACAAAGUUCUAAAAAUGCUGGGUUUGAAUUAUGGGCAUGGAACUUCUAAUCCAAGUUUGUAAUGUUAAAGCACUUUUGUACAGAUUUGUUUUUAAUUACAUACAUGUUUGUUAUAAAAAUAUAUGUGUGUGUCUUUAUAUUUCUUAUUUUCAUAAGUGACUGUUGGCUAGAAGGCAAAAUAAACGUUCCUUCUGGAAGACACCAGUUAUAUAAA